AGCAGGACAAGCCUUUCCCAAUCCCUCUCUCCUGCCACCCCUCCCACCCAACCAUCUCAUUUCCUCUUCCUCCCCAGCACUGAGGCGCACUGAGCCACACAGGCUGAGCACUCAGACCCAUAACAACUGACUCUAGGCCCAGCUGGCCCUGGCUGGCCUGGGUCAGCCUCUGGAGUAUGGUCUGGCCGGGGCCCCCUUUCCUGCUCCCUGUGCUCUUCUUGGCUUCUCAUAUUGGUGCGGCGGUGGACCUGACGCUUCUGGCCAACCUCCGCCUCACCGACCCCCAGCGUUUCUUCCUGACCUGCGUGUCGGGGGAGGCCGGGGUGGGAAGAGGCUCAGAUGCCUGGGGACCGCCCCUGCUGCUGGAGAAGGACGACCGCAUCGUGCGCACCUUGCCGCCGGGGCAGCCCCUGCACCUGGCACGCAACGGCUCGCACCAGGUCACGCUGCGCGGCUUCUCCAAGCCCUCGGAUCUGGUGGGCGUUUUCUCCUGCGUGGGCGGCGCGGGCACACGGCGUACUCGGGUGCUCUAUGUACACAACAGCCCUGGGGCCCACCUGCUUCCAGACAAGGUCACACACACGGUGAAUAAAGGUGACACAGCUGUGCUUUCUGCACGUGUGCACAAGGAGAAGCAGACGGAUGUGAUCUGGAAGAACAACGGAUCCUACUUCCAUACCCUGGACUGGCAAGAGGCCCGGGAUGGGCGGUUCCAACUGCAGCUCCCAAAUGUACAGCCACCAUCAAGCGGCAUCUACAGUGCCACCUACCUAGAAGCCAGUCCCCUGGGCAGCGCCUUCUUUCGGCUCAUCGUGCGGGGCUGUGGGGCUGGACGCUGGGGACCAGAGUGUAGCAAGGAUUGCCCAGGCUGCCUGCAUGGAGGUGUCUGCCAUGACCACGAUGGCGAGUGCGUGUGCCCCCCAGGAUUCACCGGUACCCGCUGUGAGCAAGCCUGCAGAGAGGGCCGUUUUGGGCAGAGUUGCCAGGAACAGUGUCCAGGCAUGGCAGGCUGUCGGGGUCUCACCUUCUGCCUCCCAGAUCCCUAUGGCUGUUCCUGCGGAUCUGGCUGGAGGGGAAGCCAGUGCCAAGAAGCCUGUGCCCCUGGUCAUUUUGGGGCUGAUUGUCGCCUCCAGUGCCAGUGUCAGAAUGGUGGCACUUGUGACCGGUUCAGCGGCUGUGUCUGCCCCUCUGGAUGGCAUGGAGUGCACUGUGAGAAGUCUGACCGGAUCCCACAGAUCCUCAACAUGGUCUCAGAGCUGGAGUUCAAUUUAGGGACGAUGCCCCGGAUCAACUGUGCAGCUGCAGGGAACCCCUUUCCAGUACGGGGCAGCAUGGAGCUCCGAAAACCAGAUGGCACCAUGCUCCUGUCUACUAAGGCCAUCGUGGAGCCAGACAGGACCACAGCUGAGUUUGAGGUACCCCAUUUGACUCAUGGGGACAACGGGUUCUGGGAAUGCCGUGUAUCCACAUCUGGUGGCCAAGACAGCCGACGCUUCAAGGUCAAUGUCAAAGUGCCCCCAGUACCUGAAUCUGCUCCUCGGCUCCUGGCCAAGCAGAGCCGCCAGCUUGUGGUCUCCCCACUGGUCUCCUUCUCUGGGGAUGGACCCAUCUCCUCUGUCCGCCUGCACUACCGGCCCCAGGAUAGCACAAUUGCCUGGUCUGCUAUUGUGGUGGACCCCAGUGAGAAUGUGACACUGAUGAACUUGAGGCCAAAGACAGGAUAUAGUGUCCGUGUGCAGCUGAGUCGGCCAGGGGAAGGUGGAGAAGGGACCUGGGGGCCUCCUGCCCUCAUGACCACCGACUGUCCUGAACCCUUGUUGCAGCCAUGGAUAGAGGGCUGGCAUGCAGAGGGCCCUGACAGGCUGCGAGUGAGCUGGUCCUUACCCUCGGUACCACUGUUGGGCGAUGGUUUCCUGCUGCGCUUAUGGGAUGGGGCACGGGGGCAGGAGCGGCGGGAGAAUGUCUCGUCCCCCCAGGCCCGCACUGCCCUCCUGACUGGACUCACACCUGGCACCCACUACCAGCUGGAUGUGCGGCUGUACCACUGCACUCUCCUGGGCCCUGCUUCGCCCCCUGCACACGUGCUUCUGCCCAAUAGCGGGCCUCCAGCCCCUCGGCACCUCCAUGCCCAGGCCCUCUCGGACUCUGAGGUCCAGUUGACAUGGCAGCGACCUGAAGCUCCAUCCGGACCUAUAUCCAAGUACAUUGUGGAGAUUCAGGUGGCCGGGGGCUCAGGAGACCCACUGUGGAUGGAUGUGGAUAGGCCAGAGGAGACAAGCACCAUCAUUCAAGGCCUCAAUGCCAGCACUCGCUACCUCUUCCGUGUGCGGGCCAGUGUGCAGGGUCUUGGCGACUGGAGCAACAUCGUAGAAGAGACCACACUAGGCAAUGGGCUGCAGAGCGAGGGCCCUGUCCAAGAGAGCCGGGCAGCUGAAGAGGGCUUGGAUCAGCAGCUGGUCCUAGCUGUGGUGGGCUCUGUUUCUGCCACCUGCCUCACCAUCCUGGCUGCCCUCUUAGCCCUGGUAUGCAUCCGCAGAAGCUGCUUGCACCGGAGACGCACCUUCACCUACCAAUCAGGAUCGGGCGAGGAGACCAUCCUGCAGUUCAGCUCAGGGACCUUGACACUGACCCGACGGCCAAAACCACAGCCAGAGCCCCUGAAUUACCCUGUACUGGAGUGGGAGGACAUCACCUUUGAGGACCUCAUCGGAGAGGGGAACUUCGGCCAAGUCAUCCGUGCCAUGAUCAAGAAGGAUGGGCUCAAGAUGAAUGCAGCCAUUAAGAUGCUAAAAGAGUACGCGUCUGAAAAUGACCAUCGUGACUUUGCAGGAGAACUAGAAGUGCUGUGCAAAUUGGGACACCACCCCAAUAUCAUCAACCUCUUAGGGGCCUGUGAGAAUCGAGGUUAUUUGUAUAUUGCUAUCGAAUAUGCCCCCUAUGGGAACCUGCUUGAUUUCCUGCGAAAGAGCCGGGUCCUGGAGACUGACCCAGCAUUUGCCAGAGAGCACGGAACGGCCUCCACCCUCAGUUCCCGGCAGCUGCUGCGUUUUGCCAGCGAUGCUGCCAACGGCAUGCAAUACUUGAGUGAGAAGCAGUUCAUCCACAGGGACCUGGCUGCUCGGAAUGUGCUGGUUGGAGAGAACCUGGCCUCCAAGAUCGCAGACUUUGGCCUUUCUCGGGGCGAGGAGGUGUACGUGAAGAAGACGAUGGGCCGUCUCCCUGUGCGUUGGAUGGCCAUCGAGUCUCUCAACUACAGUGUCUACACCACCAAGAGUGAUGUCUGGUCCUUUGGGGUCCUUCUCUGGGAGAUAGUGAGCCUUGGAGGCACCCCCUAUUGUGGCAUGACCUGUGCUGAGCUCUACGAGAAGCUGCCUCAGGGCUAUCGCAUGGAGCAGCCUCGAAACUGUGACGAUGAAGUGUACGAGCUGAUGCGGCAGUGCUGGCGGGACCGUCCCUACGAGCGCCCCCCUUUUGCCCAGAUCGCACUGCAGUUGGGCCGAAUGCUAGAAGCCAGGAAGGCCUACGUGAACAUGUCGCUGUUUGAGAACUUCACCUACGCAGGCAUCGACGCGACAGCCGAGGAGGCCUGAACUACCCUCCUGCUAGAAUCUGGCUCUGCUAGUCAGAGCAUACUCUUCACGCUGUGACUUCUGGCCCUUCUAACCUCCGACCCAAGCUGCCUGGAGAAAUUCUUCUGACUUAAGGGAAACAAGAGGGGAUCCAGUAAGCGUGGCUGAGGGGAGCAGGGUCCCCAAUCUUGGCAGCUGCUCUCCUGGCUACCCUUUGCAUCUCUCGAACUUAGCUCCCUCCCAUAUGUGCUCCCCAUUCUGCUGCUCCCCACAUCCAAACUCUUCUUCAGAUCCUCCACCCAAGCCAUCAUGCAUGCUGUUAACACCCCGUUUAGCUACCCCAACUUCCUGCUUGUACUCAGAAAAAAUAAAUACUCUGAGCAGCU